AUGAAGGUUGUUUGUUUUUGUUUGCCUAUUUGUUGUGGCGGUGCCUCCGUUGACCUCAACGAAAUUCUUGUCGCCGGUGGAGGUGGGAAGAGAACAGACCCCGAUUCGCCGAUUCAAAUGCAUCGUCGCACGUCGUCGUCUGAUGCGUUUACACAAAGCGGCGUCGUUAAGGGCGCUGAAGUGGACAAACUUUUGGCUGAGAGGAAGCGAUGGCAGGAUGAAGUCGACCGGCUCGACCAACAGAAGAUGGACCUGGAAUUCCUGCUGAAGAACCACGAACAGAUGUGCCCGAUGCAUCUCGCUCACGUUACCAGUGGUGGUGGUGGUGCAGGCGGGGGCAGUAAUGGCGAGACGGGCGUUCGGACAAACGACCGCGGAGGUGUGCUAUUGGACGUGGUAAAAUCGAACAAGGAUCCUCCUUUGACAAUGGUUGUACUAUCGAACGACUCGGGCAAAAAUGCAUCCGACAGUCAGGAUUCUAACGACUGCUUCAUCAGUCGGCCUAACACCUUAAAUAUUUCGAUGAGCAUGACCAGCCCCGGCAUUCCGAUGGAGACGCCCUCUAAGAUUUUCCCGUUCGACCCACUGAACGCUCCGACAGGCCUCACGCCGAUCACGCACACCGACCUCACGCCGAUGCUCGUCUGUAGCACCCCUUUGACCCUGGUGGCACCGACUCCAAUGGACGUAGGCUCAGUUGUCGUCUCCAAGUCGCUUUCUAAUCUAUGA